AUGGAGCAUCAGUGCCUUACAAGCCUACUGCGACCAGUGAGCCCACGGGUCAGCGUUGUGCCCGACGGGGGCACCUCGGGCGGCCUCUCAGAGGGGCGACAUGAGCCGAGUCCUGAAGAAGGAAUAGGAUGUAAGGAGCUGAAGACAAGGACUCCCGGCAGAGGAGACUCAAGCCCGAGGGGCCCUGCCAGCCCAGCAGAGGAAAGCCAUGCCAGCGGGGCCACAGGGGGCCACCGUGCACACCACGGUGGGAUGGCAGGCUCCGGCCUGAGAGACAGACCCAGCUCAGACCACGGGCCGCCCUGCUCGUCAGAUGUGCUGACACACUCCUCAGCUCUGGCACCCACACCUGCCACCGCUCUGCUCACACCUGUGGCUCCUGCCAGGGGGUUGGCGGUGAUGGUCAAACUCCAGAGAAACUCAGGAUAG